AAAGAAUUGAAAGCACAGUCUGGAAGAGAUAUUUGUACACCCAUGUUUAUGGUAGCUGUUGGAGGAGGUAAUUGAGAGGACGUGACCACCAGUCGACCAAAGAGCUGGAUCUGGGCAAUCGGAGGCUCCUCCCCUGUCCUUGGAAUGCAUAUUCUGCCUACCCUUCCCAUGAUGGGAGCCACUUCAAGGAUAAAGCCUUGAGAAAGCAAUGUGUUGUUAAACCAUCUGGACGACAUACAUGACCAAACCUAGUGAAGGCCUCCAUAUAAACUUUUAAGAUUUUACUACAAUUUAAUUUUUCAAAAACAAACAUGUAUAGGAGACCAAACUUUACUGAAGUAGAAGACAUAUGUGUGUAUAUGGUGGUUUCUGUUUGUGAAAACAAGAAGAAAGAUGUCAAAGAACAUGCAUCAGACUGGUAAUACUGAUUAUCUCUGGACUACUAGUUUUGGAAGGUAUGUGUAUCUUUGGGGGAAGGGGGGAAAAAUACUAACUUUCUUUAUAUUCCUAUGCACUGUUUGACUUGCUAAAAUGUGUAUUCAUUGCUAGCCCAUAUUUUUAAUUUAGUAGAGUCAGAAAACAAUCUAUUAGCAAAAGACAUUAAAGGUUUCAGGAGAGAAUAUGUACAGUGAUGAUCAAAGGAAAAAAUACUCCUUAGAGCUCUGAGGACACUAUAUCUUGCACAAACUGAUCAUAGACAUACGUCUUUCGAAUGUUGAUGAUGAGGUGAUAGCUCAUGUUUUGAUGACACUAAUGUUAGUCAUUCCAAGUCUGGACAAAUUGCUUAUGAAAUCAUGAUCCUUAAUUGAGUGACCACCUUGGAAGGAAAUGUUAAGUUUAGAUAAACUCUGCCUAAAGGUUAUCAAAGGACAGGUAUGACCAAGCAAGCCUGGGCAAUGGUUGGCCCAAGUCUAGUCUGUCAUGUGACUUGCAUAAAGAGGUGCUGCCAUGAUUGGCUUCCACAAUGAGCCUUCACUUGCUCCAGAGGGCAAAGAAGAAACAUAAUGAGAUUUAAUUGAGCAAUGACAAAGCAGACUAUUGAAAUGCUAUUUAUAACUUUCUAAACAACUCAGGUGUUAGCCAAUCAGAGACCCACUUUUCAAAUAGUAUCAAGCAAAGAUGCUAAAUGUUGGGGAAAUACGCAGCUCUAGGGAAUGUAUAAAAGGCCAGAUGUAGAGGGGGCAGCCAAAACUCAGAAACUUCUCUUAACAACACAACUCUCAACCCAACUCCUGACACCAUGGCCUGCUGCUCCACCAGCUUCUGUGGAUUUCCCAGCUGCUCCAUCAGUGAGACCUGCAACUCCAGCUGCUGCCAGCCAAGGUCCUGCCAGACCAGCUGCUGCCAGCCAAGCUUCUGCCAGACCAGCUGCUGCCAGCCAAGCUCCUGCCAGACCAGCUGCUGCCAGCCAAGCUUCUGCCAGACCAGCUGUGGCAUUGGCAGUGGCAUUGGCGGUGGCAUCAGUGGUGGCCAAGAGGGUGGCUAUGGAGCUGUGAGCUCCCGCACCAGGUGGUGCCGCCCUGACUGCCGCGUGGAGGGCACCUCCCUGCCUCCCUGCUGCGUGGUGAGCUGCACCCCCCCAUCCUGCUGCCAGCUGCACCAUGCCCAGGCCUCCUGCUGCCGCCCAUCCUACUGUGGACAGUCCUGCUGCCGCCCAGCCUGCUGCUGCCAGCCCAUCUGCUGUGAGCCCAUCUGCUGUGAGCCCAUCCGCUGUGAGCCCAUCUGCUGCCAGUCCACCUGUUAAAAGCAAGGUUGCUGAUUAGUUAGGAAUGAAAGGGGAAGCAGAGCAAAACUGUGCUGAUCUCUGAAGAAGUGUUCAAUUUUACUUGGUUGCUGAGUAUCAUAAUGUUUCUAAGCUGCUCAGAAAUAACAAAAAUCUUAGUCAAGACCCUCUUGGAUAUGCUGCAUUAGCCCACUGAACAUAUAUGUCGGUCAGAGUGUCUGAGUAUCCUGCCUUGCCUGAGCAGGGUAGGAGAGUGGGGUAGUUCUUCAUUUCAGUGACAUCUCUGCUCUCCUCCCUAUUUCUUGAUCCCCAUAUAUUUUCAGAUCUGCUUUCUCCUUGAAUAUCCCCUGUUAAUUUCAAAUAAAAUAUUUAAAUGUGCAAAGCAAACUGAGUUAUUUUCUUCCUUCUACCCUUAAGCUUGUCCACCUUUAGCUGGAAUUCAAGAAGAGCGGAUUUGCAUUUUGAUAGUAAUCCUAAGGCCUAAACAUAAAGUCUAAACCAGAAAGAUUAAAGACAAAUUACACGAUGCUUGAAUCCACCAGUUAAAAAAACGUUCCAUGCAUUAAAUAACCUUCAUAGUUAUUCAAACACAUGCUCUAAUCUGUUAGGAUUAGGUCUAGACUAAUGGAGCCACUUCUAGCUAAAAAUUUCAGGUUGACCAAAGCUAUGGGAUUUCUACCCAGUGUACUUCUACUAUUUUUAAUCUCCUUUCAUUUAAUAUACUAGAUGUUCUCCUUUAUGCAUGCCAAUAUCUAAAGAAAUUGUAUUACCUACUAAAUAAAUUUUAAAAUAUU